CUCAGCUUCUUUGUUUUUCAGAAUUAGUGAAAUGAAAACAAUAAUCGCAGGAAAAAUCUUGGUGCACAAAGCGGUUGUCUUCAAAAUGGUACCGGACAAGCAUCGAGGAGGUCUCAACAACGGUUGCAUGUCCGGCCGGCAGCGACUCAAGCCAGGUGGACCGAAAGGCGUCAAUACCCGGAACAUGGGAACAAUUUACAAUGCCAUCCAGCUAAGUGACAACCAAGAUUUUAAUUGUAGGUCGAGGAAAUAUACCGGUUUCGUGGAACGGAAGAGCAAGAGCAACGAUCCCAGCCACCAACACGAGUGCCACCGAAAAUGUGAAAAACGGAGCAGGUAUGCGCCGGGAAUGGAAAUGGGAGUUUUUUUGGUGUCCGCCGAUGCCUCCUAUGGCACCCAUGUGCCCCAUGGGUGGUGGCCCCAUGGGAAACGGUCCCUUUCCGCCACCGCCUCCGUACUUCCGGGUCUCCGAUGGGUAUGCGAAGUAUGCGUGGUGGCCCGAUGAUGCCGACUUCGCCUCUGAAAGGCCAAUUCGGAGGUCCGCUUUCCGAUCUCGAUGAUGCCCCGCCCAAUGCCUACAAAGCAACACAUGCUGGCACCGGAUGAAUCCGAUGGGACGCUUGACGCCUCCGCCAGUACGAGGCAUUCCGAUGUGGCGCAACCCAAGAGAAAGCUAUCUCCACGCCGGAUGGAGAGCAUCGAGAGGAAGUCCGGCCAAUGAAAAGCCAGGUAAAACAGUGGGCAAAACUAAAACCAUAAGCGCCUGUCUAGCCAAAACUAUGUUUGAAUUAAAACUAUAGAAAAUGCUUGACAAUAUGAUCUAUAGUUUUAGAUUUUUAGGAGUUAUUUAUCUAUAACCUUUUCUAAUUUUCCUAUAAACUCUGCGGAUUUUAAGUAAUUAUUAAAGUAUAUUCCGUGGUGCCACUAGUUGCUGUAAAUGAUUGCGAAUAUUUUCUUUACUUCGUAAAAUACACUACCGUGAAUCGCAUAUCAGUCCCAUCUUUGCUGGAUUUCCUAUGCAAAUGGGACAGAUAUGCGAUUCACGGCAGUACAUCCCAUAUAAUUAUGCGAUUCUGAGAAUCCUUAGGGAUUUUAAGGAGUUAAUGAAAUAUAUUUCGCGAAGCUACUGAUUUUCAUAAAUAAUUUAGAAUAUUUUCUAUAUAUUGUAGAAUACUUACAGAUGGCUGAGAAUUACGAAUCUUGAGGAAUGUUCAGGAUUCUUUUUAAUAUAUUCCGUAACGCUACUUCUAUAAAUGAUUGAGAAUAUGUUGUAUGCUUUGUAAAAAACAUUAUGAUUAGGAAUUUCUAAGAAACCUUAGGGAUUUCCAGAAAUUAUUUAAAUAUCUCACGUAGAACUUUUGACUUCUACAAAUGUUUGAGAUGUGUUUCUUCCCAUAUGGCUGGGAAUUUUUUAGAGUUCUGAUUCUGAGGGAUUUUCUGGAAUUAUUAAAGCAUAUCCCGUGAAGCGACUAAUUUCUACAAAUAAGUAAGAUUUUUUUCUAUGGAUUCUAGAGUACAUACAAGAUAACUCGACUUUUCAGCCAAGGAAUUUUCAGAAAUUAUUAAAAUAUUUUCUAUUUUUUUGUGAAUUAUUAAGAACGAAGCUUGUGUUUUCCAUAAAUGAUUAAGAACAUUUUCUAUUUUUCUUAGAAUACAUCCCAAAUGACUGGGAAUUUCUGAGAAUCUC